CAGGGGGCUCGGGGGAGGGGGGCUGCGACGGCUGGAGAUCGGAAAGCCCGGGCCCCGCCUGACUGUCUCCCCCCAUCCCCGCCUCGGCUUCCGCCCGUGUUUGCUGCAGCGGCUCUCUGGCACCGGGUGCCCGGAGUCAGACCCCCCCGAGACACGCCCGGCCCCUUGGGCAAGGGCUGGGAGCGGAGCCAUGUGGUCCCCAUCCCGACGCCAGUUAGGCCUGGCCUUCCUCCUCCUCUCGGCCCUCUCUGCCGCCUCCCUUCUCCUCCGCCUCCGCCUGGGCCUGCUCCCCCACCACCUGAUCCUCAACGUACUCUGCCCUACCCGCUGCCCCUCACCCGCCCGCGUCUCCUUCGUCUGCCUGCCCGGCCCCGGCAGCCACCUCAACGCCUCGAUGGUCCUCUCCGGCCGGAAGGAGGCCGCCGGUCCGGGGGCGUCCGUCCCCGCCGACCCCACGGGCUCCUUCGGCCCCGGCCCCGCCGCCGACCGCCUGCCCCUGGGGACUUGGACCAUCCAGCCCGACGGCCGCUUCGGCAACCAGAUGGGCCAGUACGCCACGCUCUUCGCCCUGGCCCGGCUGAACACCCGCCGUGCCUUCAUCCUGCCGCCCAUGCACGCCAUGCUCGCACCCAUCUUCCGCCUCUCCCUGCCCGUCCUCGCCCCGGAGGUCGACACCCACGCCACCUGGCGCCACUUCCCCCUCCACGACUGGAUGUCCGAAGACUAUGCCCACCUGGGCCACCUGGACCCCAUCAAGUUCACCGGCUUCCCCUGCUCCUGGACCUUCUUUAACCACCUGAGGGCCGAGAUCCGGGCCGAGUUUGCCCUCCACGACCACGUGCGGGAAGAGGCCCAGGCCUUCCUGCGGCAGGUCCAGUGGGCGCGGGGAGGCCAACCGAUCACGUUCGUCGGCGUCCACGUCCGCCGUGGGGACUACGUGCAAGUUAUGCCGCGGCACUGGCGGGGAGUGGUGGCGGAUCGGGGUUACCUGGAGAAGGCCCUGGGCUACUUCCGCGGCCGCUACCGUAACCCCAUGUUUGUGGUGACCAGCAACGGCAUGGCCUGGUGCCGGGAGAACAUCGACUCAUCACGGGGGGAUGUGGUCUUCGCCGGGGACGGGGCCGAGGGCUCCCCGGGCCGGGAUUUUGCCCUGUUGAUGCAGUGCAACCACACGGUCAUGACCAUCGGGACCUUCGGCUUCUGGGCCGGCUACCUGGCCGGCGGGGAGACCGUGUACCUGGCGAACUUUACCCUCCCAGACUCGGAAUUCCUGAAGAUCUUCAAACCCGAGGCGGCGUUCCUCCCUGAAUGGGUGGGGAUCCCCGCUGACCUGUCGCCCCUCAGGGGUUAAUGACCACUAGGGGCCUUGGGGGGGUGGGGGAAGGACGAGGAGCCGGCGGCUGAGAGCCGCCCCACGGGGAGCGAGAAGGGACAGGGUGGCGGGGGAAGCCAGACCAGAGGCCGGGCCCAUGGCGGGGCAAGAGCGAGGCCUGUGUUGGGAGGUUGCAUGAGGCUGCUCCUCGUCUUGCCCUCAGCCUUGUUCUUCUGGGGCAUUCUAGGUUACACCGUCAUCUGUUCAGGGGCUGGUGUCUCCAGUUCUCAGACAGGUAUGAGUUGUUGCCGUCUCUCCCUGGCACCUGGCGAGGAGAGGGAGUUCCCUCUCUGACCCUAGGCCCUAAGCCUAGUGGUUGGUGUGUGUGUAUAUGUGCGUGCGUGUUGUGCGUGUGUGUUUAGGCAUCCUCGACUCCAGGACUCAGUCCAACAUAAGAGGCUUUCCCCCGACAGGCACAUGGGCCGGACCACAUGGGUUGUGUGGUGAUGCCAAAGAGACAGUGAGGGUUCCACACCUCUUGUUCUAGAGGUUCGAGCCAGGAGUUGGGGGAUUUGAGCAAACCGUGUUUCUCAGGAUAUCUUCUGCCAUACUCUGCCCUCCAUCCUUCCUGCUGCACUGUUCACCGGCCUCCCUGCAGUCACCCUCCUGUUUCGGGGAGGUUUGGCCCGGUGACAGUCCCGAACUCUUCUUGCUCCAGUGACUAGUCGGCCCCUCUUGGGUGCUAGAGAGAAAACAGCUUCUCUGUCCACUCCUGCCUUUGUCCCUGGGUCUCUAAGCGCCCCACCCUUCUUCCUACUGCCACUGCAAACUCAGGGAUUUAGCUCUCCGUUUAGUAUUUCCUUUGGGGUGGGGGCUAGCGGGACGAGAGCUACACACUGUGGAAUAAAAAUACCAAAACACUCA